CUCUCUCUUCCCCUUCUUUUCUCCUUGACUGCUCUGAGAGGGAGCUGACGGCCUCGCCAUGGAUCCCAACGAGGCCGGCGGGGGUGAGAAGGAGAAGGAAAAAGACAAAGUGAUAAAGAGGAGGAACCGGCCUGUGUUCCUGCGUUACCUGGAGAGGAGGAAGACGGACACCAUCGUGGCUGAGGACACAACCAAAGGUGACAUCAACCUGGGGACGCUGGUGAGAAGGAGCCAGUCUGACAAGACGGAGUACAGCGCCAAACUUAAAGAGAAAAUGACACCGCCCGACCUGUCCACAAUCCACUCUCCGACGGUGGACCCGGAGGAGAUCCGUUUGAGGAAGAUGAACCGCAGGGCGAAAGUCAUUCAGGAGCUGGUGCAGACUGAAAAGGACUUCCUCACAGACCUGGAGCUGUGCAUCAGAGAGGUUGUUCAGCCUCUACGAAAUUUGCAGGUUGUGGAUGUCGACAGGUUGUUCACCAACAUGGAGACAGUGUGUGAGGUAUCUGCAGCGCUCCUUCACAGACUGCAUGAGGCCAGGGCUGACCCUGAUCCAGAGGCAGUUGUUAUAGGAGACAUAUUCAUCCAGGCAAAGGCAGCUUUAGAAGACGUUUACAAGAUUUACUGUUACCAUCAUGAUGAUGCCAACAUGUCGCUCAAAUCCUACGAGAAAGAGGAAGAAAUGCGGCAACAUUUCACCACAUGUGUAUUAGCUCUGAAGAAAAUCUAUGACCAAGAAGGGAAACCCACCCUGCUGAACAUGGGUUCACUGCUCAUUAAGCCAGUCCAGAGGAUCAUGAAGUACCCUUUGCUGCUCGGAGAGCUGUGGCACGCCACACCUGAAGACCAUCCUGACUAUCGGCCACUGCAGGAGGCGUUCACUGCUGCCAAGAUCAUCAAUGUUAACAUCAAUGAGUUCAAGAGACGCAAGGAUAUAGUUAUGAAGUAUAAGCGAUCAGAAGAUGAAGGCACACUGAGGGGCAAACUGAACAAGUUCAACAUCCACUCUAUCAGGAAGAAAGGCGACAGGUUUGCUGGCUAUCUCAAGAUCCUCACUGGAGUUGAACCACAGGUGAGAGAUGAAGUAUUCGAUAAAGAGGAGAAGCUGUUCAGGAGUCUGGAGAAAGCUGUAAGGCAGUUGGUCAAGAAUGUUCAAUGUUACCUGCAGCACACUCAGGAAAUGGUGUCUGUAGCUGUUCAGAAUGUGCAGGACAUGGAGGACAUGAUCAAGGAUCCAAACAAAAAUGACACAAACGGCUCAUCGCACAAUAAUGGAAAUGACCCCUAUAAGCACUUUAAAGACAGCAUGGAGCGCCUGGUCCUUGCCCCCCUCUCCUCCCUGCAGGGCAUGUUCACAGCCCCACAGAAGCUCAUCCAGAAGCGUUAUGACAAAUUGCUGGAUUACUGCAGCCACCUGGAGCGCUCCUCUUCUUUUUCAUCCUCAUCCUCAUCCACCACUUCCUCCACUCCUUCGCUGGUGUCAGUAGACCCGCCUGGUCCUGCCAGGAGGGACUAUGAAGCCAUCAAUGCCUUGCUGGUGGAAGAGUUGCAGAGGUUCAACAUGGCCGCCUAUACUAUCCUGACCAACUGUGUGGUGUGUCUAACAGCCCUGCUUACAGGACUGAUGAAUAAAAUACUCAUUCGUGCCCCAUCCAUACAGCAGCUACCGGCUCCAUUGUUAAACAUCGCUGAAGUGCAGAACAGCAUCAUGGAUGAGCUGAACAAUCUGACAUUUGUCAAGGAUAACGCACAGAAGUUAAUGGAGCGGAAAGUGAGCUUCGAGAGACAACGGGACAAGAAAGCAAUGAUGCCGGAGGUGCAGCAUCAAACCGAGGAACAGCGCGCCUGGCUGCUGGCAGAAUACCCACCUAGCCUUUUGUACCAGCUGAAGAGGAAGUGUAACGGCUGCCAGGAGCAGGACCUCAGCCUGCUGGAGGGAGAGCUGGUAGCCCUGCUGGAGGACACGGACCCAUUAGGCAGCAGCAGCCGCUGGCUAGUUCAUACUGGAGGUACACAGGGCUACGUCUACUCCACAUUCCUGAAACAGUACAACCCUCUGAGGGACUCCCAGCGGGCAGGCCAGAUGGCCAAAGAGCAGCAGCAGCAGCAGCCGCCUGCCAUGGUGGACGAGGACUUUGACGACCUUAGCCUGUUUGUGUCAGGCAGUGGCAGCAGCAGCCUGCGCAGCUUCAACCUCAACACCACUGACAGCAGCUCGUCCCUCUCUGGACUACAGGGGGAGCCAGACAGCCCUGAGGACCUGGAUGACACACUGGACAGUAACUCUCAGCAGUUCUAUGCUGUCUAUGCAUUUCAAGCGCGCUGUGACCAGGAGCUGACCUUGCAGGAGUACCAACAUGUCCGCAUCAUUAAGUUCUGUGACCUUGGAGGCAAUAAGGAGUGGUGGUUAGCUGAAGCUAAUGGACAAAGGGGAUACGUGCCUGCCAACUACCUUGGCAAGAUGUCCUACGCAUAAAUAGAGGCCUUGUAUUUAUGCACAGGAUAUCCAGAAGACCCCAAAACCAACCUGUGGCAUUUGAAACAAACUCACUUACACUUACAUACAUAGUUGAAAUAUUCCUGACUGUAAAACAUGGCACAUUUCUGCUUCGUCAUAGGCAAAAUUGGUAUCAUUACAUGUAAUUACAGGUCUCAUACCGAAAGUGUUGAUGUCGCAUCUUUGCCUUCAGAAGAUCAUAACGAGAAAGCUCACCAAUAAUCUGUGAUGAAUUUCAGUAAUGGUAGGAAAAUACAGAGCACUGUGCUGAGCACUUUUUAUACUUCAGUGUUGUCGAGUUUAUAUUGAUAAUGAAGUGAUUUAUUAAUGAAGUCAAUUUUAUAUGUGAAGUAAUUUACAGAUGAAGUAAAUGUUAUAUGUGAAAUGAUUUAUACAUGAAGUAUAUAUAUAUUUUAUGCAAAUGUAAAAUGAAGAAAUCUAUGAUGUCAGCAUUUAUAUUUAACAAUAAUGUGAGCAAU